AUGACAGAAGACUUUGACCAGUCAGCAAGACGACUCCCUGAACGGUCACCACCUACAGGGAUUUCUGUUCUUGUUGUUGGAGCCGGAGUAUCCGGGCUUCUCGCAGCCCUGGAAUGUUGGCGUAAAGGGCACAAUGUUCGAAUUAUCGAAAAAAGCCUUAUGCGUCUUCGAUCAGGUGACGGAUUCAGUAUUGGGCCGGCUGCGAUUCGUGCUUUGCAAAAGUGGCCAGAAAUGGCGGAGGAAAAUGAACGCAUUUCAUAUACGAUUUGGACUUCGUGGCAUCAGAUAAAUGGAGAGAAGGUUGCCGGCCCUUUCCCGGUUGAGUUAAAUAAUAGUGAUGAUGAGGAAACCACGUUCAAUGGUAUUACGCGUCCAAAUAAGGUCUAUCGACAUAAUCGGCUUAGAUUUCACAAGAUGAUGUCCGAUCAAGCGGAGAGAAUCGGUAUCUUUGUCGAGUACGGAAAACGCACAGUUGAAUAUUAUGAAGAUGCUGCAGGUCAAAAGGCCGGUGUGGUCCUCGAGAAUGAGGAAAGAAUUGAAGCCGAUUUAAUCAUCGCUGCCGAUGGAAUCGGAAGUAAGUCUUCGAUCAUUACGAUGGGCAAAGAGGUUCGAGCCAGGUCAUCCGGGAGCUCGAUUUAUGGAGGGACUAUCCCUAUCGAGGUAGUUCAGGCCGACCCUCUCAUGUCUGAGAGAUUUUCUGGUGUGGAAAAUGGGAUAGCUGUUGUGGAGCUUUGGCAGGGGUAUGUGAUUCCUUUCUCGGGAGAGAAUUCAUCUAAUCACCAUAUAGACAUCCGGAAUAUCACUGCCUGUGGGAAAGAACACCCGAUUAUCUGUCUUGGGCUUUUGUUAUAUCCAAACCAGAGUGACGAAACAGAGUCCUGGACUAAAACGGCAGACCUCCGGGACGUACUCCGCAAAACCUCACAGAUCGAAGGAUGGCCUGAGAUUGGGGAUCGGGCAAUCCGAGCGACCCCUAAGGACCGUAUUCACGAUUUUAAAUUGGUGUUAAGAGAGUCUCAACCUUGCUGGGUAUCGCCAGCUGGGCGGGUUGCUCAGAUUGGCGAUGCAGCACAUACUUUUCUUCCAUCAUCUGGAAAUGGGGCAACUCAGGGAUUGGAAGACGCCGUCUCUUUGGCAACUUGCCUUCAGGUCUCAAUGAAGGACAGCAUACCGUGGGCUACCCGGGUUCAUAACACACUACGAUUUGACCGUGUCUCUUGUCUGCAGAAAAUAGGGAUGAUCAACGGAGUAGCUCGAAGCCGCCCGGUUGAUGAAGACAACCCUCAGGGAACCCUUGUCGGAUUAUUGGGUGCCUGGUUAUGGAAUCAUGACCCAGAACAGUACGCCAUCGACAAUUAUGACAAGGCGUUGGCUCAUUUGCAAGAUGGCACUACAUUCCAGAAUACCAAUGUUCCACGCGGCUAUGUGCACACCCCGUGGACUAUUGAUGAGCUUUUGGAUCCAAAAAAGGCAGAAGAGAUUUGGCUGGCAGGGAGCUGGAACUAG